ACGAUUGGAAUAAAACAUUGUUAUAAUAUCAAGACUAUCAGAUUUAUUAAAAGGUCGAGAUACAAAAUUUACAUAAAGCAAAAAAAAUGAGUUUUCUUCAUAGAAACAGCAGAAAAGUUUGAACAAGAUCUUGAGCGAUCAGUAACGAAAAGAAAGGAAAAAAGAAAUGGCAAUAGGUGUAUUAUUUACUGUGAAGCGAGUGUUCUGUGAUUAUUUAAACUUGUUUGGUUGAUAGAACUAAACUUUCGUUAAACUGUACUAAUAUUUUUAUACUGUGCUUGAAAAUGACAGCUCACGAUCAGAUGCGGCGGAUGUUAGAUGAAUUGAUGGGUUCUUCACGAAAUGGAGAGGACUCUCGAAAAAAGACACUUCACUUUUCCAAUCAUCGUGUCUGCAAAAGUUUUUUAUUAAAUUGUUGUCCUCAUGAAAUAUUGGCUGCAACGAGACAUGAUUUAGGAGUAUGUCCGAAAAUUCAUGAUGUUGCCUUGAGAGCUGAUUUUGAAAAUUCUGCAAGGAAAGAACAGUAUACUUUUCAUUUAGAGGCAUUAAAACAGCUCAGAAAUUUUGUAGCAGAUAGUGAAAGACGUACUCAAAGUGCUAAAAUAAGGUUAGCAGAAACUCAAGAGAUGUUGAAUGCUCAAGAAGCUGCCAGACUUGAAAAAAUUCGUCAAAUAGAUGAAGAAAUUCAUGAAACACUCCUUAAAGCUGAAAAACUGGGGGCUGAAGGUGAUGUAGAAAAUUCCUUGAAAACAAUGGAAGCUGUAGAAGCUCUCAAACAGAAAAAAGCAGCUGCUGAAGAAGAACACUGGAAUGUCACACCAGCAUCAAUUACUCAGCAGCAAAAGCUUAGAGUUUGUGAAGUAUGUUCAUCUUAUUUAGGUGUGCAUGAUAACGAUAAAAGAUUAGCAGAUCAUUUUAAUGGAAAAUUGCAUUUAGGCUUUAUUACCAUCCGAGAAAAGCUUCAAGAGUUGGAGGCUCUGGUUGGAGAAAAGCCUAUUACGAAAUCUACUGAAAAUGAAUUUGAAAAUGUGCAAGAUAGUAAUCGUAGUCGAAAAAGAAGAAGCAGCAGUCACAGUCCAAGAAGAAGACAUAAGCACAACAAACGUCACAGAUCUCGUUCAAGGGAGCGUAGGGAUGAAUCUCGCCACCAUUCAAAAGGUAGAGAAAAGGAAUCUUAUUCUCACCAUAGCAAAGACAGGCAUAGAUCCAGCAACAGAGACAGUAAAAGGUGACUGCAUAGCCAGUGUAUGCAGAUUUGUAACGCUCAGAAUUUGAACACUCAUUGUGUAAAUGAGGAUUGUAAUAAUUUUGUAUACAUUGGGGGAAAAAAAAUUAGUUUGUAAAUAAAUCUUGUACUAAAUCUAUUUUUAAA